ACCAAAUUUAUCUAAAAAAUAAUUGAGAAAGGUUGUAAAUAAAAAUAAAAUUUAAAAAUAAAAAUGGAACUUAAUAAUUCAAAAUUACGGAAAAUAAAUUUGAAACAGAGGAAAGCGAGCGAAAGAUUGGCGCGUGAUUUAAAUAUUAAAUCUUGCGACAAACCGACAAAAUAUUUAUUACUUUGUAAUGCAGGACUAGUUACCGGACUAAAACGUGAAUUAUUAGAAUUAAUAUUAAACAAAAUAAUUUCAGUUAAUUAUGAAAUAAUUUUGCCGCGAGGGAAAUCCUAUUGUUUUAUUCAAUUUUCGGAUGAAAAUUUCGCGUCGACGGUUUAUGAAAAAUUGAAUGGAAAUUUCGAUGAAAAUUUGAAAAUCACUUUGUAUUUUAUUUAUUGCGAAUCGAUUCCGAGGGAAAGUGAGAGCGAAGUUGGCGAUGAUCGACUUCCGGGUGGGCUGCAGGUUCUGGAAAAUUUUAUCAGUCGAGAGGAAGAGAAUCGAUUGUUGGAACUAGUCGACUGGGAUGAAAAUAACGAUAAUUCAGAACUUAAACAUCGGAAGGUUAAACAUUUUGGGUACGAAUUUUGUUACAAGACCAAUGGAAUUAAUCCUGAGCCUAUUGAACCAAUACCGGGAAAUUUGAAUUUUCUCUAUGAUUUGUUUGAAAAAUAUGAGUGGGGGAAAUUCAAAUAUGACCAAUUGACAGUUAAUAGAUACUUACCAGGACAAGGCAUCCCACCACACAUUGAUACCCACAGUGUUUUUGAAGACACAAUUCUAUCCUUAUCAUGCGGCAGUUCAUGUGUAAUGGAUUUUAAACGUGACAAUAAAAAAAUCCAAGUGAACUUACCAGCCCGUUCAUUGCUAAUAAUGUCCGACGAAUCACGUUACGCAUGGACCCACGGGAUCUGUCCUCGUCACCAUGACAUUGUCCAACAAAAACAAUCUGAUAAAAUAUUAACCACCAGUGCAGAACGAGGGACCCGAAUAUCUUUCACAUUUCGUAAAAUUCGGACAGGUGACUGUCAGUGUAAUUAUCACGAGCAUUGCGAUUCAAAAAAAUCUAAGAGACAAAUUGAUAAAUCAAACGCUUCAUUACUGGAAUCUUCUUAUGUCCAUCAAGUUUAUGAUGAAAUUUCAAGUCAUUUUGACGAAACCAGACACAAACAAUGGCCAAAUGUUAUUAAAUUUAUUGACUUCAUUGAUCCCGGGAGUAUAAUUUUAGAUGUCGGCUGUGGUAAUGGUAAAUAUUUGACUACAAAAAAUGGAUUAUUUAAAAUCGGUUGCGACCGAAGCAGCGGACUCUUGAACAUUUGCAUAAAAAAAUCAUACCAAGUAUUCAAAUCCGACUGUCUAAAACUGCCAGUUAAAUCAAAUUCCUGCGACGCUGCGAUAAGCAUCGCAGUAAUUCAUCAUCUAUCGACUCCGGAUCGUCGUCGGGACGCAUUCAUUGAAUUGAUCCGCGUCCUCAGGCCCCAAGGAAAAUGUCUCAUCUACGUCUGGGCUAAAGAGCAACGUCGCAAUAAACAGGACUCCGCUUACCUCAAACUAAAUCCAGGUAAAGUUAAGGACGUUAAUCAUAAAAAUAUUAAAUUGUUCGAGGAUCUAGAACUUCCGGUCCAUGAGAACAGGACUGAUUUUUGCCACAACGACGUCAUGGUUCCAUGGAAGACCAAAGAUGGCGGAGAAUUCCUGAGAUAUUAUCAUGUUUUUGAUGAAAGUGAAUUCAGAAGCUUGUGCGAGAGCUUGGAAGAUAUUAUUGUGAGAGAUAUUUAUUAUGAUCAAGGAAAUUGGUGCUGCAUUUUGGAAAAAAAAUAGUUGAUUAUUUUUUGUAAAAUAUAUCAAUUAAAUUUUAUCAAUUUCAUGUUUUUUUAUUUUAAUAAAAAUUUACUUAUGGAUUUUAAAAUCGACUACAUCCUUAUUAUUUUUAAAAAAUUUUAAGUGAUGGUCCAUUUUACCCCUUUGAAAAAUCUGAAAAAAUUACAGAAUGCCACUCUUACUAUACAGAAUUUAUUCACACUGAUUUUUCCAGACCAACAAUCUACCCCUAUGGACUUAAAUUUCAAAAUAGCAAGUGGUCCAUUUUACCCCCUCAUAAAAAUUUUCAAAAAUUAAAGAACAUUUUUUUUUUUUAUAUAGAAUUUAUUGACACUAGUCUGAUUUGUCGGAACCUACUCCUAGAUGAACUAAAAUUUCGGAGAUGCAAACGACCCAUUUUACCCCCACUUAAAAAUUAAAAAAAAAUUAAAAAAUUUUCCUUAUUUUAUACAGAAUUUAUUCACACCUCAUUUUUCGGACCCGACUUACCCCUACACGGACUGAAAUUCCAAAAUAACAAAUGGCCCAUUUUACCCCCUCGUAAAAAUUUGAAAAAAUAAAAAAUUUUUAUUUCUCUUACAAAAUAUUCACAAAUCAUCAAAAAUCUAAAUUAAAAAAAUUUUUAGCUCUGCUAAUUUCACCUCCC